GAAGCGAAGCUGGCCAUGAGCGGCGGCGUGUACGGAGGAGAUGAAGUCGGUGCUCUGGUGUUUGAUAUCGGCUCCUAUACUGUUCGGGCUGGCUAUGCUGGGGAGGACUGUCCAAAGGUUGAUUUCCCCACCGCCAUCGGUGUGGUCCUGGACCGGGAUGACGGUAGCUCCAUGAUGGAGAUCGAUGGCGACAAGAGCAAGCAGGGGCCGACUUACUACAUAGACACAAACGCAUUGCGGGUCCCGAGAGAGAACAUGGAGGCCACGUUGCCUUUGAAAAACGGGAUGAUUGAAGACUGGGACAGCUUCCAAGCCAUUCUGGAUCACACCUACAAGAUGCAUAUUAAGUCCGAAGCGUCUUUGCAUCCCGUCCUAAUGUCUGAAGCACCCUGGAAUACCAGAGCCAAGCGUGAGAAACUGACAGAACUGAUGUUCGAACAUUACAACAUCCCUGCUUUCUUCUUGUGCAAAACAGCGGUCCUUACAGCCUUUGCCAACGGUAGAUCGACGGGCCUGAUCUUGGAUAGUGGAGCUACUCACACCACCGCCAUUCCUGUGCAUGACGGAUAUGUGCUCCAGCAAGGGAUUGUGAAAUCCCCCUUGGCCGGAGACUUCAUCACGAUGCAGUGCCGAGAACUGUUUCAGGAAAUGAAUGUAGAAAUAAUCCCUCCGUACAUGAUCGCCUCGAAGGAGGCCGUUCGCGAGGGUUCUCCAGCAAACUGGAAGAGAAAAGAGAAACUUCCUCCGGUCACGAGGUCUUGGCACAACUACAUGUGUAACUGCGUAAUUCAGGACUUCCAGGCUUCUGUCCUUCAAGUGUCUGAUUCAACCUACGAUGAACAAGCGGCGGUUUCUGCCUCCAGGGUGGCGGCUCAGAUGCCGACGGUGCAUUACGAAUUCCCCAACGGCUACAACUGUGACUUUGGCGCGGAGCGGCUAAAAAUUCCCGAAGGCCUGUUUGACCCUUCCAAUGUAAAGGGUUUAUCUGGCAACACAAUGCUUGGAGUCAGCCAUGUUGUCACCACGAGCGUCGGAAUGUGCGAUAUAGACAUCAGGCCGGGCCUCUACGGUAGUGUGAUUGUAGCGGGAGGCAAUACGCUAUUGCAGAGCUUUACAGAUCGGCUGAACAGGGAACUCUCUCAGAAAACGCCUCCGAGCAUGCGGCUGAAAUUGAUAGCCAACAACACCACCGUGGAGAGGCGGUUUAGUUCGUGGAUCGGCGGCUCCAUUUUGGCUUCUCUGGGUACUUUCCAGCAGAUGUGGAUCUCCAAGCAAGAAUACGAAGAAGGGGGAAAGCAAUGCGUGGAGAGGAAAUGCCCGUAAACCUCAUGCUACACACACACACAUAUA